AUGGGGUCCGUCGAACUGCACCGCGACUCUUCUCGACCCGACGAGGUCGAGAAGGCACCAAAUGCCAAAGCCGAUAUCGACCUCAUUGAGUCCGCAGGACAUGACCACGCAAUCACAUACGAAGAGUCGUUGACGGCCAACCUACCAAAAGCCCAUCGUGACUAUCUGCUGCAGCGACAUGGAACGUUGGAACUCGAUCCCGUUCCCAGUAUGAGCCCGGCUGACCCCUAUAACUGGCCUGAGUGGAAGAAAAUGAUGAACCUUGUCCUCGUGGCGUUUCACGCUUGCAUGGGCACAUUCACUGCCGCUGGAAUCAUUCCCGCGUAUCUCGAAAUGUCAGAAGAACUCGGGGUCACCAUUCAAGCGGCCAGUUACUUGACCUCGCUGCAGAUCGCCAUUCUCGGAGGUGCGCCUCUGUUCUGGAAGCCACUCUCCAAUCGGUAUGGUCGCCGACCUAUCUUCCUCAUUUCCCUCAUCUGCAGUCUGGUGUGUAACGUCGGUUGUGCCAAGAGCACCACAUAUGCCUCUGUUGCUGCUUGCCGGGCACUUGUGGCCUUCUUCAUCUCUCCUGCCUCUGCCAUCGGCAGCGCAGUUGUGAUGGAAACAACCUUCAAGAAAGACCGCGGUCGUUACAUGGGUGUCUGGACAUUGAUGAUUACCCUCGGUGUCCCAAUCGGGCCGUUCCUCUUCGGCUUUGUCACCUACCGCGCCGGUUACCACUGGAUCUACUGGAUCCUCGCAAUCAUCAAUGGCGGCCAGUUUAUCUUAUAUCUGUUCUUCGGUCCAGAAACCCGCUACCUGGGUGGCGAAGUUGAGGGCGAGAGAUCACCAACUCAGAUCCAGUACCUGUCUGUUCGCCGAAUCGACCCGACACCAUUCUCAUGGUACGAGUUUGUGCACCCACUAACAAUGGCCCGCUACCCCUCAAUUCUCAUCCCAGCCUGCGCAUACGCAAUGGUCUUCCUCUUCGGCAGCGUCCUUUCCACCGUGGAGGUGCCACAACUACUGCAAGAAAAAUUCGAGCUGAACGCCGAGCAGCUCGGCCUGCAGUUCCUGGGCGUAAUCAUCGGUUCGGUGCUGGGUGAGCAGAUGGGCGGUGUUCUAUCCGAUUUCUGGAUGAGCCGACGCAGCAAACGCAUCGGCCGCAAAGCUGAACCCGAGUUCCGCCUGUGGCUCAGCUACUUCGGUUUCGCGCUGAGCAUCAUCGGCAUCAUUGUCUUCCUCGUUUGCACGCAGGAAACCCCCCACGGCCGCUGGAGCGUCUCACCUAUCAUCGGCACUGGUAUCGGCGCUGUUGGAAACCAGCUUGUCACCACGGUGAUGAUCACUUAUGCUGUUGAUUGCUUCCCGCGAGAGGCGGGUAACAUUGGUGUAUUCGUAACUUUUGUUCGCCAGAUCUGGGGUUUCCUUGGUCCUUUCUGGUUCAACGCUUUGUUUGAAAGCGUUGGUAUUGCUGCCAGCGCGGGCGUCAUGUCGGCAAUGGUCGUCGUUGCCAGUGUCAUUCCCACCGUCCUUUUGCACUGGCGUGGCAAGCCCUGGCGCAGCGUGGAGUGA